CUCUUCCUUUGGAUCAGAGGCUGUACUUUGUAGAGAUCCUAUAAAUAAUUACCCGGAACAGUUUUCAGUGUUUAAUUGAAACAGUUAAUGAAACCUCAAAAUGCAACAUUGUUGCAAGCACAAUGCAACGGUUACAGAAUGCGGAAAUACUUUCAAAGGUGAAAAGGUCCCUCUGGUGCACUUUGUCCAACUUCAAGUAGAGAAAACUCGGUUCUGAAACAGACCAUGUGCUUGUUAAAAUGAACAAAGACUAGAUUUUGAUGUUUAACACCAUAUGCUUGCCAUAAAGCUAACCCAUGAAAUUUAUUCUAGAUUCGUAGGACGAUUCAUUUCUUCUUUUAGCUUCCUAUGAUGUUAGGGUUCAAAAGACUUGUUGAGACCCCAGCACGCCCCCAGCCCCCCAUUACAUAUCUAGCCAUGUGUGAGAUGAAUAGAUUGGAGCAUCCCGGAGACCAUUCAGUCCACGCAGUGCCUUUUCGGGUGCCUUGUUUAUGAGGAACAGGCGGUAGUCUCUCGCUAGGGGCCAAAGGAAACUCAGGACUUGGUCCAAGGCUGGGUUUUGGGAUGGCUCUUCUUCCUGGUCUUGAAGGUCUAGCUUCCUCGCGCAAGUCCCCGACAUGUACCUCCGCCGGUUCGUAACCAGAAGGCCACAAGGUACGCCACGCAGAGAGUGAGCGAGAACCGGAACAGGGGUAGGGAACAGCCCGGUGCUAGCUAGUGGUAGAGAAGCUCAGCGUGCGGACUGCCGGCCCGGGACGCCGCUCACGGCAGGGGCGUGGCUUCCGUCGGCGCGGCCCCGCCCCUCGAGCGCCGGGCGGUCACGUGACGGCCGCGCGCGUUCCCGUCCGCUGCGGGCUCCGAAGCGGAGGAGAAAAGACUGCGAGGAGGCUGCGGCUGUGACCGAGAGCACAGAGAAUGAACCAGCCUUGCAGGAGAAAACACUACAAAUUAGCUGACAGCUGGUAGAGAAGAUGCUCUAUUUCUGUGCUCAGUGCCUGUGGGAUCUGUGAUGGAAAUGAUGGCCGGCUGUGGUGAAAUUGAUCACUCACUAAAUAUGCUUCCUACCAAUAAGAAGGCGAGUGAGACCUGUUCUAACACUGCACCUUCUCUAACAGUUCCCGAGUGUGCCAUUUGUCUACAAACAUGUGUUCAUCCAGUCAGUCUGCCCUGUAAGCAUGUUUUCUGUUAUCUGUGUGUAAAGGGCGCUUCAUGGCUCGGGAAGCGAUGUGCUCUUUGUCGGCAAGAGAUUCCUGAGGAUUUUCUUGACAAGCCAACCUUGUUGUCACCAGAAGAACUUAAGGCUGCAAGCAGAGGAAAUGGUGAAUAUGUGUGGUAUUAUGAAGGAAGAAAUGGAUGGUGGCAGUAUGAUGAGCGCACCAGUCGGGAGCUAGAAGAUGCUUUUUCCAAAGGUAAAAAGAACACGGAAAUGUUAAUUGCUGGAUUUCUGUACGUUGCUGAUCUUGAAAACAUGGUUCAAUAUAGGAGAAAUGAACAUGGACGUCGCAGAAAGAUUAAAAGAGAUAUAAUAGAUAUACCAAAGAAGGGAGUGGCUGGACUUCGGCUGGACUGUGACAGCAACACUGUAAAUCUAGCCAGAGAGAGUUCUGCCGAUGGUGCGGACAGUGGGUCAGCACACACUGGAGCUUCUGUGCAGCUUCCAGUGCCAUCUUCUACAAGGCCUCUAACAUCAGUCGAUGGUCAGUUAACCAGCCCUGUAACACCGUCCCCUGAUGCAGGCGCUUCUUUGGAAGACUCUUUUGCUCAUUUACAACUCAGUGGAGACAGCAUAGCUGAAAGGAGUCAUAGAGGUGAAGGAGAAGAAGAUCACGAAUCACCAUCUUCUGGUAGAGUACCAGAUACGUCCACUGAAGAAACAGAGUCGGAUGCCAGUAGUGAUAUUGAGGAUGCCCCUGUGGUGGUUGCACAGCACUCCUUGACCCAACAGAGACUUUUGGUUUCAAGUGCAAAUCAGACAGUAGCUGAACGGUCUGACCGACCAGUUGCAGGGGGUGGGACCAUGAGUGUCAAUGUCAGAUCCAGAAGGCCUGACGGACAGUGCACAGUGACAGAGGUUUAAACAGAUGUCUUCAGCACCACACUCAAGGGUCAAAUGAAUACCUGUAAAUUUCUGCCCACAUAACAUUAUACUCAUCCUUAGUAGUACAUUGUGGGAGUUGGGGUGGGAAGGGAUAUGGGAAGGACAGACCUGAAAUUAAAAUGUCUAACAUGUCUCUGCUGAAAUUUAUUUAAUGUGAGGAAUUGGGGUGUUGAUAGUUGAGAGCUGUUCAGUAUAACACAGUUUUCUUGGCAUCUGUUUACAUUAGAGUGUUUGUUUUUUAAAGUCUUUAGUUCUUUUGGCUAGUGUGUCCCCGUGCAUUAAUGGCUCUCAUCUGACUCUUGCACUACCUUAUUUUUCUGCAUGGAUUGGUAUAAAAUCUUCACUAAAAUUUGGCAUCUGUGAGAUACUUGGUAUCAUGAGCAGGAAGCUUAAUGUGGAAAAGAGAUGUGAAUUUGGGAGUUAAAAAUAGAUGACUAACAACUACUUUACAGUUGGUCUCACUAAGAUAGAAAUGUCAAGCUGUAGCUAUUAAGUUUCAGACUCUAUAACAUACUUCAUGGUGUUCCUUUCCAUAAGGUUUGCUGUCUUGUCCUUGUACUUGGAGGUUUCUCUUAGUCUGCAUUUUUCUUUUUGAUUAAAAACACUUUAUAAUUUAAUAAAUACUAGAAUUUAUCAGAAA